AUGCAGAAACUUACCAGAAAAUGGAGAAAAUCUUCAGGAGAAUCACAUUUCGACGAGGACGAUAAAUUCUCUUUGCCAACUCACGACGAAAAUUGUCCUAUUGAUUCCCGAGAACAAGAAGAAUUGGUUCGAUCUCUUGAGAAUGUUCAAACCCAACAAUCUCUUCUCUGGAGGGGUGUGUUCUCAGGGUUACUCUCGUGUUAUGUGGCUUUUCUCGUAUACUCAGUCUAUCAACAGGCCUAUUAUCCCUGGGAAUUGGGUAUAAAGUAUGUGGCAGCUGAUAAGUAUAUUUGGUGGAUUCUGAGGUAUGAGAAUGCUGAUUUGGCCAUAAUAAUGUAUCGUAACCAAUUGUGGCUGGGUUGUUCUCGACUUGGGAAAGAUGAUGAAACUGCAGGUGUUGUUGGGAAACGGAAUUCAGGUGUGAUAGAUUCUUUUGGAGGAGUAGUGUUGCGGGAGAGGGCAGCUAUUUUGACAUGUUUAAUGACCAUAAAGGGCUUACUGCAUGAAUCAAAACAUCACAGGAGGUGGCUAUGGUCUUCAUGCUGUAGUGGCAUGGUAGUGGCAGUGUUUUGGUUGCAUCAUAUGCUAAGGUUGGCAAAGUUUAGAUGGGAUGUUGUAUGGCUCCCAUUAGGUAAGCCUGCUUGUGGCGCUGGAGUGUGCAUUUACGUAGAGUAUUUACUGAAUGUGUCAUCUGAAGAAGUGAGGAAAGUUAGAGGAUAUAUGUAUGCAUAUAAAGCCAGGUAAGAGUGCAGAGGAUGUAUGUAUGGGCCCUUAAAGCCAGUUUAGAGCUUUCCCUAAUCGAAUUUUAAUACUCGUCUAGUUCCAUUAUAUGUUUAGGUGGCACUGCUUAAAAAGUUAAUGUUUAUUGAUACAAGGCAAAACAUAAAGAAAAUAUUUGAGUGUAAAUGUUUUAUUAUUAUUUGAUGGUGUACAUGUAUAUGUGACAUUGAAAUUGCAAUUAGAAUAUAUGCUAGGAUAAUGUUAAACCAGAGGA